CCGAUCACCAUUGGAAUAUGUAUGCCUGAAUCAUGUUCGCCACAACUUUUCGAGUCCAUGUUGAACAGAGUGGCCAGUGCGAAUGAGACGCUCUUCCGACUACCAUACAAAAGAUGUCAACUCAAAGAUGAUUACGCGACCUAUACGGUGACAGACAAAAUUGCGAUUUCGAUAUUCACGAUGAUUCUUGGUCUCAUAAUCGCGAGCACGAUUUAUGACGGUGUGUGUUUUUCCAGACAAGUGCAGGCAAAUAAGACGCUAUUAGCGUUCUCCGUGCACAGUAACUGCAAAAAGUGGCUAUCGUUCGAACAAUCAACAAACCCAGAUGUGAUUGGAUGCAUGAAUGGAAUUCGUGUGGUAUUUUAACAUUUUUGCAUGCAUUUUUGUUGAUUUUAAACCAGUGAAUAAAAUAUUUAAUUAAUCGACAUGCGUUUUUGAGCGAAAAGCUAUCUAGGUUAUGGAAUCUUGUUCUACAUACGUGGCAACGAUACAUGACUGUAAAACGCGAUAUAAAUGUUGUGUUGUUUGGGGUAGUUUUAAGUGGCAUGUUCGUAAGUGCAGCUCCAUUUUGUGUUGAUAUAUUUUUUCUACUCAGUGGCACUUUAACCAGUUUAACGAUAUUGAAGCAGCUGAAACGAACGAACGGCAAAUUGAAUUUAGCUUCACUCUAUUUACAUCGGAUUCUGAGGUUAAUUCCAUUGUUAGCUGGGACAAUCUUGUUUAUGGUUUCGUUGCUUCGAUUCUGUGGAAGCGGCCCAGUGUGCUGGAUCAUAAAUUUUACUGUGUGAAUCAUCAUGGACGUUGAAAUUCCGCCAGCACAAGAUUCGCCAAAGCAUAUUCUGAAUAUCUUAAAUGACGACUGUAUUCAAUCAGUCCUUCGACGGUUGGAUAAUAUACGAGAUUUUCUAAGUGCAGCAGAAACAUGCGUUCGGUUCCAGGAGAAUGCGAAGUUAGUCUUUCGCACACAAUACAAAACCGCCCGCAUCCGCCAAUUUUAUAACUAUGGUUUCCGAAAGUUAUAUUGUAGCCACGACGUGAUAGUUCGGAUACAUAGUUUCCUAAGCAUUUUCGGGCACUUGAUCACGGAACUUGACUUCGAUGAUAAUUUAGACGAUGAUAUGACAAACAUGAUUGCAAAAUAUUGUGGAAGAACAUUGAGGAUAUUCAAAUGUGGGAAUAAAAAGACUAAGUGCUUCUCGUCGGUUAACUUUAGCCAACUACCCCGAUUAGAAUCGUUGGAAGAACUGAAAAUACGCAACAUCAACAUUCACAGUUUUCAAUAUCACUCACAGUUGAGGAGAUUGUCCGUCAAGGGAAUUCAUGAGCAUAAGUCCAAAAUGAAUUUCGACUGGCUUUUUAAAACAUUUCCGAAUUUGGAAUUUGUUAAAUUGGAUGGACUCGAUAAAUUGACAUGUAAUCAGGCCAUCAAAUUCUUUAAAUUGAAUCCACAGUUGAAGAGUCUGCACAUUCGCUAUUGUGAGCACUUUGCUCCCCGAAUGUUCAAAAAUAUGACAAAUUUUACACCGAAUCUCGAGAAAUUUGUUUUUGAACAAAUAGAUUCAAUAUAUGAAAAUGAAUAUUUGGUACACGUGAGCCGAUUACAGAAACUAAAAUCUUUGGGCAUUGAAACAUAUGUGCCGAUUCCGUUGGGAAGAUUGAUAGAUUCUCUCAUUGAGAAAAAUGUUCCAAUAGAAAAUUUGUUGCUUUUGAGUCAUUAUCAUCAGACACCAUAUGAGAGUAUUUCGCAAUUGAAACUACUGAAAAAACUCUAUCUUAGAGGAAUAACAGAUAAAACUUUCAUUCAUUAUGUUAAAAAUCUGCCUAAAUUAGAAGUGUUGUUCUUUGAUGAAUCAGAAAUAACUGUAAAUGGUAUAAAGGCUGCUUUGCAAUAUGCACAAAGCUUAUCGGUUCUUGUCGUAGAGGUGCAUAAUAGGGAUAGAAUCUCUACAGCAAUAGACUUGGAUGAAUAUAAAUCGAUUUUAAAUUUAGCCAAGUCACGUGGAGUUAAAGUGACAAUCUAUGUUCGAUCUGGUGCAAUCGAUGUUCCAACCGACUUUUUUGAGGAUAAUCGUGAAUGGGUGAAUGUCAAAGUUGGUGUAUUGCACAUCAAUACUAUUGUGCGCCAUUUCAAUGAAUAGAGAAAACGGACAGUAUCCUGGUGAAGAAAGUGUUUUUAUUUGUCGUCGAAUAUAUUCCUUGUAUUUGUGUAUUCUUCUAUGAACAUCUAAUGUACUAUCCUAAGAUAGAUGUAUUUAUUGAAUACAUUUCAGGCAUGAACAAAAUAAAGUAUGAAACUAUCAUAAGAAA